AUGGUGUUAAUAACGCAGGAGCAAAUUGAAGGUUCAAAGGUUCGAGAGAAUGGAGCGACUGGAGCAGCUGGAUUUGGCGAGAUUGAGUUUAGGAACAAUAAAAUGGACAUGGAGACACCUGUCAUGUCCAUCACUAAGGUUGAUGAAGAUGGGGAUGGCAGCGAGGUAUCAGAAGAGGACGAUCAUGAGGAGAGUGAGGUUGAUUACACACGCAACUACUGGGAAGAUGAGGACGAUAUCUACCAGGAGUUUGAGGAGCUGGACUUUGAGGCUCUGCCAGAUCUCUUGGACACGCGGAGCAUCGCUUCAGACGACUCCUUCUAUCCCCCAGACAAUUCAGUCAUGUCGGACAUGUACCGCUCACCAAGCCCUGAGUCCAUCUCCUUCUUCAAGGCAUGCUGCAACAACAACGCCAUCAUCGCCAAGAUCAUGAUCAGACAAGGAGUGAUCGAGGAGGAAGUGAGGGAGACAGAUAGGAACAGAAGAUCUGGCCUAAUUGUGGCGUGUUACCAUGGCUACGUGGAUGUGGUCAUCGCCCUCUCUCAGUGCCCGUAUCUGGAUGUCAACUGGCAGGAUAAUGAGGGCAACACUGCUCUCAUCACGGCAGCGCAAGCAGGUCAUGUGUUCAUCUGCAACUAUCUGCUGAACUACUUCCCUGGGUUGGACAUUGAGAGGAGGAACUGUCACGGUUUCACAGCUCUGAUGAAGGCGGCCAUGCAGGGUCGAGCUGAGUGUACCCGGGCUCUCAUGCUGGCUGGAAGUGAUAUUCAGGCUCAGGACAACAGCCGCAGUCUGACUCCCAGGGAGUGGGCUCUGUACACGGGUCGCUAUGAGACAGCCAACCUGAUGGACCGUUUGAUGUUGAAGCCCUGUGCCGAGCAGUUCUGUGACUCCUUCUCUCUGGAGUGGCCCAUUUUGGAGGAGCUGGUGGACCAAGCCCGAGCACCAAAGUCCUGCUGGAGGCGUUUGAUCAACUUUCUCUCCUGCUGCCCUUAUAGGUUUUACAUCAACAACAAGGUAAAACCUCUGGAUGAGGGUGUUCUCGACCACAUGGUCCAGAUCACCACCAGUAUCUCCUGCCCGCUCAUUGCCACAGCCUGCAGAACAGUGUGCCCGGGCAGCCCGCCGUGCGUCGGGAAGCGUCGUCACGCUGUGCAGGAGAUUCUGAGGAGGCAUCGUGUGGCUCAGCUGAAGCACUUGGGCCCGGAGAGACUGAACAACUAUAAGAGAUUAUUCCAGAACUCACGGGUCCUCCUCAUUCCCAAGGCGAGGGAUCGGAGGGCCAGCCUGCAGAAUCAGCUGCUCAGUGAAGUGGCCAUGGCGUCCUCGGUGGCCUUUAGACGAGCCAGUCUCCUGCCACUCAAUAUGCUGAGAAGGAGCAGUGUGCGGCCGGGCAUCAUGGUGCCCAAAGUGAGGCUCUGCAAGGCCCCAGCUCCGAACUUUAAACCAGAGAAAUGCAGACGGAGCAAUAACCACAACCAGCUGCAGAUUCCCAAGUGGGAUUACAAGAUGAAGAGAAUAGAGAGGAGGCAAGAACAGGAGAGGCAGACACUGUUAACUCUGACCAGGAGGAGUUGAGGACAGAAGGGACGAGGACAGAGCACGAUGAGUGACUACAGCAAUCCAAUGGAUCACAUGAUGCAGUGUACUCAAAAGUAAUGAAUAUAACUGAUCAUUUCCACGCCUGUUUUCUGAGAUUGCCGACAUUGUUGGAUUUGUUGCCUUGUUUCUACUUGAGUUCAUACAUAUUUGUAAAAGCACAAUUUGUGAUGCAGUAUGUGAGCGAUACAGGUGCUCAGGAAAAACACCCACAGUGUAGGUAUGUAUGAGUUCCUCAGUGGCACAGGCAGCUCAAAUAUAUGGUAAAAUCAUUGGCCUGUGGCAAAAGGUACCAAAGACAAUGAAGUGUGAGGGUUUCAGAAAUGAAGAGCUCAGCUGAUGGUCUCCAUCCUGUGGUCUGGUGAACCCUCAGAACAUUUUCUACCGAGCUGCAAACAUACUCAUUAUAGAACGUUACAGACUGGUGAAGGGAAGUUUUAUUCUAAUGACCUUGAAACUGGAAAAGUACAUGCUGCAUUUUCCCUCAUAUAAAAAAAACCUAUGGGAACCUUUGGUGAAAAUGGCCUGAUGUAGCAUUUCUGCUGGAAUAUAUGCAGCUGAAGUAUUUUGAAAUGUACUGAUACUAAGCUGAAACCUCACAAAAUGUCAUCCCCUUAAGAGAAAUCGGAGUGACUGAGAAAAAGAUUAAAUGAAUAUAAAGAUGUUUCAUUGGGAGGGAAGAACAGAACAGAUAGAGAAUACUGCAACAUUUCUGAAUGGUUUCUAUACAACUAACACAUACACAUCUAGAGCUGGAUGAAAUGGGUGUUUUGGAUGAAGAAGCGCUUGAUUUAUCAACAUCAGCAGCAGAGUGGAGGUUUAAGUUUGGGCUGUAAAACUAUAAUAAAAGUGCUUUG